AUGGCAGCACCACAGACAAAACGUAUAAUAACUGAAAUAACAAAAUUACAAAAUUUAGCAACAGAUAAUAAUCCAUCAUCUGCUAAAUUUCUUCUUGAUAAAUCACCUGUAGAUACUCCAGGAUCAAAUCUAAUUCUUGGAAGAAUUUUUCCUCGAUCACAAAUUUAUAAUCAAGCUGCAUUUCAAAUAGAAAUUAAAUUACCAGCUGAAUUUCCAUUUAAACCGCCCGAAGUUCGUUUUAUUACACCUAUUUAUCAUCCAAAUGUUGGUGAUGAAGGUAAAAUAUGUGUUGAAAUACUUAAUCCAUCAGAUGGUUUCAAACCAACAACAACAUUAGUUGAUAUUGUUAAAGCUGUUGUUGAUCGUAUUGAUAAUCCAAGUGUUGAUCAUGCGCUUAAACCAGAAAUUGGUCAGGAAUAUUCAUCCAAUAGAUCUGCAUUCGAUCGUAAAGCAUUAGAAAUGGUUAAAAAACAUGGUUUACCACGACAAUAG